CACUGUAAUGCGCUGUACACAACGCGGUGGGCAGUUGAUUCAUUCAAGAAGAUGUUUGUGUUGGUGUUAAACUAUUGCAUGAAAUUUUGAACCAUUUAUACAAAGGAUUUAUUUAAAAGAAGAGGAAUUACAUUCAUAUUUCUACCAAAUAAGUUACAUUUACCGACAGAGAGUAUUCUGACAUUAAAAUUCCGCUGACGUCCAUUGUCAGCUGGCUGAUUUGCAUGUCAGACGAAACAUGGGCGAAAAAGUGAUAGAUGGUAUAGAAAAGAUAGACCUAAACGGUAAAGAAAAACCCAAAAUUAUUAUUAUUGGUGCUGGGAUAUCAGGAAUAGCAACAGCUGAUACAUUGAUCAGGGCAGGAUUUACAGAUUUCAAGAUUUUGGAGGCCUCGGGGCGAACAGGAGGACGAAUAUGGACGGUUGAUAUCGAUGAAGGUGAGAAAGUGGACCUUGGGGCCCAUUGGAUCCAUGGCAUAGAGAGAAACCCUAUCUACAAAAUUGCUGAUGACAAUAACCUUCUCAAGCUACGUCAUGGAGACAAAGGGCUGCGACAUCGCAAUUGUUUUGUCACCGAGGAAGGCAAAGAAGUUAACGAAAAAGUGGUCAACUCAGUGAAUCUGGCUUAUGGACAGCUUAUCAUCCAGGCUGAAGAUUUCUAUCAGAGCAACAUCCCAACAGAGGAAGAAAAUGAUAGUGUUGGGGCCUACCUCGAGCGCGAGUUUUCCGAAAAACUGGAGAAAUAUCCCAAUGGAGACCGACAUAUACGAGAGUUGGUUUUUAAUCAAAGGAAACUACUGGAGUGUUGUAUAUCGGGCUGUGAUAGACUGGAGGAUGUCUCGCUAAGCGAGUUUGGUGGUUAUGAGGAACUGCCAGGAGUCCAUUACUCUAUACCACCUGGCUUUGAGGCAGUGUUAGAAAUCCUUAAAAGUUCUAUUCCCAAAGACAACAUUUUGCUCAAUCAUCCCGUCAAGUGUGUCCACUGGAGCAGGAAAAAUUGUAACGAAAAUGACUACAAAGUGAUGGUAGAAUGUGAGAAUGGGGAAAUGUUCUAUGCAAAUCAUGUGAUUGUAACGGUAUCACUAGGGGUGUUGAAGGCUGCUUAUGACCGCAUGUUUGAUCCUCCUUUACCUGAGGAAAAAGUAGGGGCAAUAGACCGUCUAGGGUUUGGAAUCGUAGAUAAAGUAAUUCUAAAGUUUGACAAACCAGUGACUGAACAAGAUAUUUUCCGCAUUGAAUUGCUUUGGGACGAUGAGAACGUUGAUUGCAAUGAUUUGAGACAAACAUGGUACCGCAAAAUUUACUCCUUUGAAGUUUUACAUGAAGGAGUUUUAGUUGGCUGGCUGAGUGGGAAGGAGGCCCUAUACAUGGAAUCUCUUACAGAGGAGCAAAUAGCAGAGGAUUUAGUGGAGGUCCUCAAAAGAUUUCUUCAAAAAGAUGACAUUCCCAGCCCCAAGAAAAUCAUCAGGACGAGAUGGGGAAACAACAUUAACACCAGAGGGUCCUACAGCUUCAUCCAAGUGGGGGCCAGCAUGUCAGAUAUAGAUGUCCUGGCAGAACCACUGACUGGCACAGAGACAGAAAAGCCACAGGUAUUGUUUGGAGGGGAGGCAACUCAUGAAUGCCACUACUCGACCACGCAUGGUGCCCUAUUGUCGGGGAUGAGGGAAGCCAAUAGGAUCAUCAAGCUCUACUCCGACUGAUUGUCAUGGCUCUCUUCAAUUCCUUCCAGUCUACUCUGUAUUGCCAUGACAACAUAUUGCAGUAUACUGGAUAUGUUAGAUAUUGUUUUUCUCUGCAAUUAUUUUCCUAGUCUAUAGCAGAUAUUUUUAUUGGCACCAUAAAAUGGACUUGAUUGAUGAGUACUUGUGUACUAACUCAGUGAGAAUACCAGGUAGUUUAAUUGUGAGCCAGGGGAUUGUAUGUUGUAUUUUACUUUUUUAAUGUUUGCAUCAAGGGAUAGAUUAUCAUGAUCUCAGCUUCUUCAAAAGAGUUAGGGAAAUCACAACGCACAAAUUACAUCUUGCCGUUGACAGCACAGAAAGCUUAGGGUUCUAGGGAGGCUUUUUUUUCUACUUCACUGCCAAAUUUUAAUAAGGAUGUUAAUAGCUAAGUAUCUAUCAAUUACACAGAAAUAUUAAAGGAAUUUAAAUCAUCUGAUGAGGUGAUCUUGGGUGUUCUGAGAAGACAAGUAUUAUGUAUAGGGGAGUAGAUUUACUUUGUUUUUGUAUGGAUAUUAUUAUUAUAUUUUUGCUUUGCUGCACCAUCAGUUUUGAAUUUGCAAUUUGUUGAUUUGCUUUUUAAAAGCUGAUUUUGAUAUUUCAUUCAGGAAAUCAAAUGUUUUUUUUUUAUGUUGAUCUUUAUCAGUUUUUAAAAUGCACCUUUUAUAGACUCUACCUCUUUGUGGCUGAAUGGAAAAACAGGUUAUUUGUAUCAUGAUAUCACAGAUUAUUUAUUGAUAAGUGUUAACCUGUCUGGUCUUUACUGGAUAAAUAGGAAUCAGCAGUAGCUUUGACAUCAUUAGACACUGUAUCUUCAGAGUAGUAGGGUAGUAGGGCCUGAAAGAGGAGGUGUGUGUGUGUGUGUGUGUGUGUGAGAGUGACAAUGAGUGAGCUGAACAUUUUACAGUCGUGUUUUUACAAGUUUAAAUGAUACAUGUUUAUUCUUCUUACAGUGAAAUGUAUGGUAUAAUUUUGUGAUUGGGAACAUGUGUAGGG